GCUGCCGGUGAUAGCCGAGCCCGACACGACGUCAUCUUCCACUAAACCCUCAGCAGCUCGUCCUGCCGCCGACCGCAAGGACUGUGCUGCCGGGGCACCUAAUUGCCAUUCUUCAAGAUGGCUCCAAGAUUUGCUUUGACUGUCAGCCCAUCAAUCGCCCUGAGAUUCGGCCGAUUGACGGUGCGACAUGCGAGAAGGUACUCGACGGAAGCCGACGCAGGUCCCUUGAUCCGGGUAACGGAACUGCCCGCACCCAACUCGGGCCAUAUCCGCAUCCUCGAACUCAAUCGCCCAAAGGCGCGCAAUGCCAUCUCUCGUGCUUUGCUGUCUGCCCUUCGUCAAGAGAUUGAUGCCGUCCAUGCACAGUACGAUGCGGCAACGGGGGACGAGAUGCCCCGCGCCUCGUGGGACAAGCGGUUUGGCGGCGUCGCAGGGGACGACCAGAAGGGGCCGACGAGGGCGCUGAUUGUCGCUUCGGCGGUCGACUCUUCCUUCUGCGCCGGCGCAGACCUCAAAGAGCGCAAGACCUUUACACAGGAGGAGACCGCCGCCUUCCUGCUCAACCUCCGCACGACGCUGACCUCGCUCUCGGCGCUCCCGAUCCCCACCAUCUCAGCUAUCUCGUCGCUCGCGCUAGGCGGGGGGCUGGAGCUCGCCCUGGCCACGCACUUCCGCGUUCUGACCUCCAACGCCGUCGUCGGCCUGCCCGAGACCCGCCUGGGCAUCAUACCCGGCGCGGGCGGCACCUACCGGCUGCCGGCGCUGAUCGGCAUCCCCCGGGCGCGGGACCUGAUUCUCACGGGCCGCCGCGUGUCGGCGCCCGAGGCCUACUUCCUCGGCAUUGCCGACCGGCUGGUUGAGAUUGCGCCCGAGAGCGAGCAGCAGGCCAAGGAGUGGGCCGCGCUGGAGGAGAAGGAGCGGGGUAGGGUGAUACUGGACCUUGCAAGACGCACGGCGCUGAGCGAGGCCGUCAGGCUGGCAAACGAAAUUUCAGAGGGCGGGCCCAUCGCGGUCAGGGCUGCUUUGAGGGCAGUUGAGGAACCUCGCGAGACGGUGGAGAAUAGCAUGUAUGAACGAGUUGUCAGGACGGAGGAUAGGGAUGAGGCCUUGAAAGCGUUCGCCGAGAAGAGGAAGCCUGUCUUCAAGGGGAGGUGACGAGGCGACGUUGUGUUUAGGGGGUGACGGUGGGUUUGUGACUGAACGACGGCUUAAUAUAUGGCUGUCAGACCCCUUCUAACCCUCUAGUGGGGUUGUUUCGGCGUUUAAGCUCUGACGUUAGACUAGGGAUGACUGCGAGUGUGUACUAUGGAAUAGUUAGGUGUCAUCAACUCCGGAGCUUGCUCGGCUUCACACUGUCAACUCAUUUCAAAGCGAC